AUGUCUACAAGAGGAGCUAUUGAGUGUCCAGGGUCGUUCGCAGUACCACCUGAAGUCGUUCCAACUGAAGUCGUUCCAACUGAAGUCGUUCGAACUGAAGUCGUUCCAACUGAAGUCGUUCCAACUGAUUCAGGAAUUUGGACCCCGAACGUGUCGAAAAGGGAGCUGAACGAAAGCGGUUGGAACUGGCCAGCGACAGGCUACGAGUCGUACUGGAUGAGUCGUUUUUGGCUGCCGUUGGACAAGGAGGGUUUCGAAUUGUUGGAACGCGAUAUUUCAGCUCGAUCACACCAGUUUGGCCGAAAGGUUUGGGAGCGCAAAACGUCUGCUUUCUUGGAUACUCUCAGAAACUCAAGACUCUCGGAAACGUGGGCACUAACAACGGACAUGAAACGUCCAAAUUACGUUCCCGUCUUAGCCAAAAGGGGGUCGAGAAAUAAACCGGUUAAUAGAGUGGUGAGUAAGUUCGAGACAUACAAGAUUUUGUAUCGAUCGAUAUCCGUAGAUGCAUGGAAGAGGCUCAGAACUAUCAACGCUCGCAGUUUUGAGACGUGUGCACUUGCUUAUGUGGAACUUGGUUCUAUUAUAUCCAGCUAUUUUCGUCACCCUUACGGUCUUGUGGACCCGGAAAUCAAGACUGUGAUUGAGAAGAUGAUGCCUUCCAUUAAGAGUGGCUCUCUUGCGAAACGGCGGCGUUUGUGGAUCGUGGGAUGUCUUCUACAACACGCCCAGGCGUCCAUACCCCGGCUCACGGAAUUUUGCACGAAAGAUUUGGAAUAUAGCCCCUGUUGGCCACAAGAGGGUCUCGGGCUUCACUGUCUCCUGGUCUCGGGGCACAAGGCUGCUUCUAAGAAUUAUUCGUCGAUAAGAUCGUGUUUAUUGAAAGACAUUUUAUCAAAACUACCGGUUCUAUCGGCGCAAGAAUUCGCAGAAUUAACACCGAGAAAGCUAAGGGACUGCAUGAAGAACUCGGCCCUUGGAAUGGCGGUCCAAAAGCCUUUGGGUCAAGGAAACUCUGAUCAAACUGGAGGAUCUUCGGAGGAUGAUCUUCCGGGCAAUGCCCUAACAAAUGAAGGACCUUUUAAGUCACAGCCAGAUGUGUAUGGGGAACCUCACGUCGAUGAAGGCGGUUGGGAUUGGACAAGUAUCCCAGAACAAGAGUACGAGUCGUACUGGAUGAGUCGCUUCUGGGUGCCAUUGGACGAUAAGGGAUUCGAUUUGUUGAAGGGAAGAAUUUCAGCUUCAGCAGGCCUUCGUAGUGUGCAGUGGCGCGCCACAGGGGUUGCGUUCCUUAAAAGUCUCCUUAGCUCAGGGCUCGCACAGCCGUGGUCAUUGGUAGAACAAUUGGUGCGCCCAAAUUACAUCCCAGUCAUUGCUAAGAGACGACGGGCUGCCCAUCUGGCUAGAAACGAUUUCGAAGCAUACCAAUGGCUGCAUAGAUCGAUGUCCCAAAAGGCUUGGAUGAAGCUGAGAACCGUGGGGCCAAAAAGCUUCGAGCGGUGUUCACUUGCAUACGUGGAACUUGCCUCGAUCAUCUCCGCUUAUUAUCAAUCCCCUUACGGCCUCGUCGACCUGGAGAUCCAGGCCAUAAUCAACAGUGUGUUCGCUUGUAGUAAGGCAAUACAUCGACAGAGACGGCGGAGCUUGUGGACCGUGGGAUGUCUUCUGCAACAUGCUAAGGCUUCCAUCCGACCGCUCAUAGAAUUUUGCGUCUACCAGUUGGGGUACAACCCCGGCUGGUCGAAAGAGAAACCCUUGUUCCAGUUUACCAGGCCAUUUCCACGAUUGUGGGCUUCUAAGAAGAGUCCCGCCAUCCGUCUACGUUUGUUGGCUAAGCUCUUGAUGGGGUUACCGGUAAUUUCGGCCCAGAGAUUCGCAACACUAACUGGAGAGGAGCUGAAUGACUGCAUAUCCCACCCAGCUUGGCUGGCGUCCGUUCCGCCUUUGGACCAAGAAGGAUGCCCCCCGGCUUCGGUGGAAUGUUUGGCUACAGAAGGCGUAGCUACAGAAGGCGUAGCUACAGAAGGCGUAGCUACAGAGCAGGACGUGGGCCGUGUGCCUGGCACAGGCCCGAUCCCGCUUCUCGUGUUGGUGGAGUACCUAAGACGGGGCGUGGCCAAUAGGACCGCGAUGACGCAAAAGAGAAAAAAUCAGCAGGAACAUUCUCCGGUGGCGAAGAAAAAGGUGGGCUUGAACGGAGCUGAGAUACUUGUGCCUGAGGCUUGGUUGCAGCCGAUGGUAGAUAUACCCAGUAUGUCACAUUCCGGCCCCUGCAACGAUCUCAUGGAAAUCAGGCAACAGUCAAGAAAUAUACCGGCCAUUCGACAGCUACAAGAGCUCGUUAAUAACUACCCAGAAUCUGGAGUAAAUAGUGGGCUUUUGGACGCAUUCGCCGAAAUAACGUGGAAGGAAUAUGAGUCAGUUUUAUCGCCUCUCCUGGACUACUUGAUCAAGGAGCUGAACGGAGCCUCGACCACAUCCUAA